AGCUCAAUCGCCUGCCUGCAUGCCUGCCUGGGUCCGUGCUGACUCUUUCCUCCCUGUCCACACGGCCCUUUAGGUGAUGUAUGGGUCCGUCUGUCUGUCUCUCUGCAGAUGCCACGCCAUGCCAUGCGCACGUCGGUCUGUUCAUUACAGUAUAGAUGUCUAUUCUUGCCAAAACUGCUGUCGCAGAUCCGCCGAGGGAAGCCAGCGGUCAGCAACGCCACACCACACCACAAAGAGAGUAAGGCAGCAAAAGCAGACCAGAGUUCAGUUCAGUGACCCCACAAGCCAGCCAACCAACCAGAGAGACAGGGGAGAGGCGAGGCUGGCUGUGUGCUGUUUAUCUCAUUCGCAGCCGAUGGCCUCCUCUAUGUCCUGCAGGCGCCGCUGCAGCCCCAAGAUCUGCUGACACAGAGACGUCUUCUCGCCCUUCAAUGUCGUCACCUACACCACACCCUAAUGUGAGCGGUUGCAACACUCAGACGAACAGAGGGGGGCUGCCCUGGUACUUACCUGCUGCUGGAGCCGCGAGUUCUCGGCUUUCUGCUGUCCGAGGUGUUUUUUGAUCUCUUCUUGCAGCCUGGCGAUGUCGCCCGACAUGGCCUUCUUGAGCUCCAACAGUUGACUGUGAUAAUGAUGCUGGCACACACACACACACAAACAGCAGAGAGAGAGAUAUAGAGAGAGAGAGAUGGAGCGCCAUGAUUUGUCCCUUGUGUGUGCAUGGUCGGUCUGCUGCUGACUUCAAGGUUUUGUUUGUCGGCUCGUAAUGCCUCAAUCUCCUGUCGUUGGGCAGCCAGCUCCUCAUUCUGCACACUGAUGUACUCCUGCAUUGAGAUUGCAUGCACCCACACAUCGAAUGCACACCACAUGCAGGGGCAGGCCAUGCACUUCGGUCUCUUCUCUCUCCGUCGACCCACCUCCAGGGACGCCAGUUUGCCCUUCAGCCCAGUGCCCCCCUGACUCGUGCGUGUCUGUCCGACCAGAACAACACAAGCGAUACACACGAGUGUUGCCGCCCCUGCACGUGUGUGUUAUCCCUCGUCUGGUUGCCAUGACCGUGUUCAUCAUGUUCUGUGCGCUGAGGGCCAUCGUGUUGGGUGGAGUCUUGGCGUGAGGGGGCGACACCGCUGUGUCAUCCAUAUGGUGUUGUGCGAGGGGGGGCGACGGGGGAAAGGAAAACGAAGCCAUACAGGGGUGUAUGAGAGGUCAAAGGUGAUGUUCGUUCACUUACCUGCCAUUUUGGCAAUGGUGAAGUGGGAGCAAAAGGG